AUGGCACUCUCUGACGUUCAUGUGUUGGUGGGUGUGACUGGGUCAGUUGCAGCGAUUCGUGCUCCUCACCUGGUGUCGGCGUUGCGAGAACUUGGGGCUGAGGUGCGAGUUAUUGUUAGUGAAGCGGCGAGAGUGUUUCUAGAGAAGGAACGCAAGCUCGAAGGCCGCGUGUAUUCUGAUGAUGAUGAAUGGAAAAACUGGGGCAAACUGGGUGACCCAGUGCUGCACAUCGAGCUACGAAGGUGGGCGGAUUUAUUAAUCAUCGCGCCGUUGUCUGCAAAUACUCUUGCGAAGCUGGCUGGUGGCUUGUGUGACAAUCUAUUGACUUGCGUGUCCCGUGCUUGGAGAAUUGGGGAGGGAGGCGCAGGGCCUAUGAUCGUGGCGCCGGCCAUGAACUCUGAAAUGUGGUUGCAUCCCGUCACCGCGGUCCAGAUAAGAAAAGUAACAGAAUGGGGCGUCACUGUGAUACCACCCGUGGAGAAAAAGCUUGCCUGUGGAGAUAUUGGUGUCGGGGGGAUGGAGGCUCCUGAGCUCAUUGCGGAUGUAGUUGUUCGGAUCGCUAGAGACAUAAAAAAAUAA